UGGGAAUUUUGUUGAGAAUGCCAUUCGAAUUGCAAUUUCUAGACGUGGCCAAGAAGCAAAAUAGUUUGUGCCUUGGUACUUUGAAGCCAUAGACGUCACUCUCUUUUGAUUCACUAUCUCAACUCGUCCUGUUCCACACCUUGGUUUCUUUUUCUAAUCAACCCCUCCACACUCGUUCACACCACCCCCCUCCACUGAUACCCUGCAUUAUCAAGAAGCUUGGAAUUCCCGUCUGAGAAUUGCAUUGCACCGCCACCCCUCCGUUGUAUCAGCCUCGGUAGAGCGUUUUCAUCUCACAAGCCUCAUUCCAAGACAGGUGAAUCGCUCUUUGCUGACGCUGUUGGUUCUCAUCUCGCGUGCCAUCAGAGGAAGUCUCUUGCAUAAAUACAGCUUCAUCCAAGUCAUUGACAAUCAAUUCACCAAAAUACAGCGUCAAGAUGUCACCUUCAAGGACGUCCCAAAACGGGACUGAAAACCAACAAUUCGGAGACCUCAACCUCUCAAUCACAGGAAUUGGAACAGAAUACCCACUAGUUCUCCUCGAGCCAUCAUGUGUCGAUAUACUCUGCCAACGUCACUAUCCCGACUCACCAGCGAUGCAGAAGAUUCGCGCCAUAAACCAAUACACAGGAAUCGACACUCGCUCCUCGAUCGGUACCGUCGACCACCCAAUGGCGAACAUGGACCGCGCUCCUACAAUCGCAGAAUUGUGCAGCAUCUUCCUUAAAGACGGAGUCGCACUCGCAGUCACAGCUGCUCGAAAAGCAUUACACGAGGCACGCCUAUCACCGCUUGAUAUCACACAUGUUGUUUCGACGACUUGCACGAAUAGUGCGAAUCCAGGUUUCGAUCACUAUGUGUGCAAACAAUUGGGCGUUACACAACCCGUAGAGAAGGUUCUGCUACAUGGAAUCGGGUGUAGUGGUGGUUUGGCGAGUUUGAGGACUGCUGCGAACUUGGCGCUGGGAAGUAGCUUCCGGGGCAAGAAGGCGAGAAUAUUGGUAGUUGCGCUGGAGAUCAGUAGUUUGCUGGUGAGGAGUGAGCUGGAUAGCAUACACGAGCUGCAGCAGACGAGAAUUGGUGUUACGCUAUUCAGUGAUUGCGCCAGUGCGUGUAUACUGAGCAAUGGAAUUGGAGGAGAAGAGGCAGAGCCUGUAUACGAGCUGCUAGGCUGGGAUCACAGGAUGAUUCCAGACACCGAGGAAGAUCUAGGAUUUGACGUUCAUCCAUCAGGUUGGAAAGUCGUCCUCUCACCCCGUGUCCCGAAGCUAGCUUCCGCAGUCGUAAAACCUACAUUCACAGACCUCCUCUCCACUCUACCAAACCUACCUCCGACCUACAAAUCCGCAGCGGACUUCGACUGGGCGCUUCACCCGGGCGGAGCCACUAUCCUGUCUGGCGUUGAACGUGCUAUGGAAAUCACUCCGGAACACAUGCGCGCUAGCUACGAUACUUACAUCAAGCACGGAAAUUCUUCUUCUGCAACCAUUCUCUCCGUCAUGGAUCGACUACGACAGAAAGAUAUGGACGAAAUUGCGUCUGGUGGAAAAGUGAAGGACUUUGUUGUGGGAUGUGCGUUUGGACCAGGCAUCGCGGUUGAGAUGUGCAUGUUGAAGAGAAACAUGAGUCAUGUGAGGAGAGUUCUAGAGGGUGUCAGUGGCGAGGUCACGCCACCCGAAACGGAAAGUGAAGGAUCGAGAAGUGAGGGUGAGCCUGAGAUAGAUUUCAGGCCAGAGGAAUUAGAAGGCGAAAUUAGGAGCGUGAAGGAACAGGAAGCCGCACUUAGCGAGACGUUGAAUGCGGUACAUCCUGAAGUACCUGAGCAAGGAGAUAGCUUGGCAGAGGCGUUGAACGGAGUUGAGCUUGAUUAAUAGCGUGGAGCGAGGGUGGGUAAUGAUCAUGAAAUGCUUUGGAGUUGAGGGUGGCAUGAUGUGGCAGGUUCACAUCUACGGCAUAAUGAGCAUUAGACAGCUUUGUUGGCUGGUUUCCUGGAGGCGUUUAGACAGGAUAUACUCCCUGCAUGAUUUUCAGAAGCGAACGAAAGAUUAGUGGCGAGAGCUAGGACAUAAAUCGUAGAGCUACAUAUGAG